AACAAAUAGCCGAAAGACGUUGAGUGCGCGACACCGCCGUAGUACAUUCUGUUGAUUAAAUAGAAGCGCUUUACAUUAUUGCACCGACACUGCACGUCAUGGCGCCAAAGAAGGUUCUUCUCAAUGGAUGCGGGCGCAUCGGUCGCUUGGCUUUCCGUGUGGCGUGGGCCCAGCAGGACGUGUUCCAGUUCGUGCACCUGAACGACAUCACCGCCAUUGAGUCUGUGGCGUACCUGAUCAAAUACGACUCCGUGCACGGCACCUGGGGCCCGGACGUGAGCGUGGAUGGCAACUGCAUUGUGGUUAAGGAGGGGGACCGCGUGGACCGCAUCCCCUACACCAACUGCAAGUCCAUUGAGGGGAUCAAGCUGGCCGACGGCGUGGCCGUGGACCAGGCGUGGGAGUGCACCGGCGUGUUCCUGACCCGCGCCGCCAUCGCGCCGCACUUUGACGCCCUGGGCGCCAACAAGGUGGUGGUCAGCGCGCCGGUGAAGGACACGCCGGCGGUGCUCAACGUGGUGGUGGGCUGCAACGACGACAAGUACGACCCCGCAGUGGACCACAUCGUGACCGCCGCCUCCUGCACCACCAACUGCCUGGCGCCCGUGGUCAAGGUGAUCCACGAGAAGCUGGGCAUUGACCGCGGCUGCAUCACCACCAUUCACAACCUCACCAACACCCAGACCAUCGUGGACGCGCCCAACUCGAAGAAGGCCGACCUGCGCCGCGCCCGCUCGGGACUGGUGAACCUGGCGCCCACCUCCACGGGCAGCGCCACCGCCAUCGCGCUCAUCUUCCCCGAGCUCAAGGGCAAGCUGAACGGUCUGGCUGUGCGUGUGCCGCUGACCAACGCCUCCAUCACCGACUGCGUGUUCGACGUGAAGCGCAAGACGACCGAGGAGGAGGUCAACAAGCUGCUCAAGGAGGCCAGCCAGACCUACCUGUCCGGCAUCCUGGGCUUCGAUGAGGUGCCCAAGGUCUCCACCGACUACGUCAACGACGCCCGCAGCUCCAUCGUGGACGCCGCGUGCACGCAGGUCAUUGACGGCACCAUGGUCAAGAUCUAUGCCUGGUACGACAACGAGUACGGCUACAGCUGCCGCAUGGUGGAUCUGGCCAAGAUCGUGGCGGCCAAGAUGUAGACACAGUAGAUGGAUGACGUUGUCGUGACCGCCGCUCGUUAAACGCAAGACAACCUCAUGCUGCAAGCGUAUGAAUGGUUUCUAUAAGAGUACAAAUGAUUGGGAUGAUUGGGAAGUGCAUACGGGGACUGUUCCCUCGUUCUUGUUCGGUGCAAAAUUAUGGGGGUUUUGAUGAUUGGGCAGGGGGGCCGCGUGGGGUCUACUGUCGUCGCAAGCUAUGGUUUGUGCCAACGAAGUUUGUGACACGCAUGUGCACAUUUGUUUACCGUAUCAUGGGUGUGCACAGCGGCGGGGAUUUGAUGAAUGGUGCUCAGCCCAUACUACCCUGCCGUCUUCUGGCAUCGUGCGCGCUUCUUGUUUCCUCAGCAUCGUCGAUAACAUUCAAGUGUGUGGCGUGAGAGCCGCCUCACUCCGGUUGGCGCACGUUCUCGAGUGGUGUGCCAGGGUGUGCCGCAAUAGGUGAAUGGUGAUGUUUGAGCUGAAAGGGAGUGCUAUCGAUGGUGCCACACUACUUCCAAUUACAAUUACAAAUUCCGCCCUUCUGUAUGUGCUCAUGCUCAUGCGUUCAGUUGCACCAAUAAAAUCCAGACACUGGAAUGGAGCACGUACAUUUCACGUACGAAAGUUCAUGCAUCAAUAGCGUGCAUCGUAUUUCAGUCCGCCACAGCGCUGCGCCAGAUCAUAGCGUUUAGACAUGCAACCGCAAACCCUACCGUACUUCGCCUACGUUCCAGU